CCCGCGCCCGUGUUACCUGAUACGAAUAGUAAGCAGCGAGGCUGUGGCUGAGUUUGGAGUCAGGUGCAGACGGCAGGCAGGAGGCAGGGAUGGACAUCAAGGAGCAGGGAGUACAGAUGGAGCCAUUGUUACCAACGAGAACUGAUGAAGAAGCAGUGGUGGACAGAGGAGGGUCGUGUGGUAUUCAGAAAACACAUAUUGAAAAAGAAGACCUGGAAGGCCAUCGGACUUUGUACAUCGGAGUUCAUGUUCCGCGGGAGAGGCAAAGCCACCGAAGGCACCGACAUCGCGGGCACAAGCAUCGCAAGCGUGACCGAGAGAGGGACUCCAGCAACGAGGAUGGGAGAGCGUCUCCAACUUACGAUACUCCAUCCCAGCGUGUGCAGUUUAUCCUUGGGAUUGAAGAUGAUGAUGAAGAACAUAUCCCCCAUGACCUCUUCACAGAACUCGAUGAGAUCUGCAUGCAUAAUGGUGAAGAUACAGAGUGGAAGGAGACAGCGAGAUGGCUGAAGUUUGAGGAGGAUGUGGAGGACGGUGGAGAUCGGUGGAGCAAACCCUAUGUCGCCACUCUGUCGUUGCAUAGUCUGUUUGAGCUGAGGAGCUGCAUUAUCAAUGGAACAGUCCUGUUGGACAUGAAAGCCAGCACCAUCGAAGAAAUCGGAGAUUUAAUCCUGGACCAGCAAGCAGCCUCAGGACUAAGCGAUGAGAUCCGUAAAAAGGUACACCAAGCUCUCCUGAAGCAACAUCAUCAUCAAAGUCAGAAGAAGUUCAGCACCCGCAUUCCAAUUGUGAGAUCCUUUGCCGAUAUUGGGAAGAAACAUUCUGAUCCUCAUUCCCUGGAUAAAAAUGGUCCAAUGAUCUCCCCACACUCCGCUCCUGCUCAUUUGGAAGGCAAAACGGACGUCAGUCGAGAGAACAGCACGGUUGAUUUUAGUAAGGUGGACAUGCACUUUAUGAAGAAGAUACCUCCAGGAGCAGAGGCUUCCAACAUUCUCGUUGGAGAACUUGAAUUUUUGGAUCGACCGAUAGUUGCAUUUGUCCGUUUAUCUCCAGCUGUCGUCCUAUCGGGAGUCGCUGAAGUUCCCAUCCCCACACGAUUUUUGUUUAUUCUCUUGGGUCCCCUUGGUAAGGGUCCUCAGUAUCAUGAAAUUGGCAGGUCCAUCGCAACGCUGAUGAGUGAUGAGGUAUUUCAUGACGUUGCCUACAAAGCAAAAGACCGGAAUGAUCUGGUGGCUGGUGUUGAUGAGUUUCUCGAUCAAGUGACUGUACUCCCACCGGGAGAGUGGGAUCCCACAAUCCGCAUAGAACCACCAAAGAGCGUACCUUCCCAGAAAAAGCGAAAGAUUCCAGGAAUACCGAAUGGUCGGGCAGCCACAGCUAAAACGGCGACUGCGGAGCCCCACGAUGAGCAAACUGGACCCGCGUUACAGAGAACAGGGAGGCUCUUUGGUGGAUUAUAUGAAGACAUUAAAAGGAAAAUCCCAUUUUUCUGGAGUGACAUUCGAGAUGCCUGCAACCUGCAGUGUGUGGCCUCGUUCCUGUUCCUGUACUGUGCGUGUAUGUCACCGGUCAUUACAUUUGGUGGUCUCCUGGGAGAAGCUACAGAAGGCAGCAUCAGUGCCAUGGAGUCUCUCUUUGGAGCAUCAAUGACCGGCAUUGCAUAUUCACUGUUCUCUGGGCAACCACUCACAAUCCUAGGGAGCACGGGGCCUGUCUUGGUGUUUGAAAAAAUACUCUAUAAAUUCUGCAAGGAAUACGGUUUAUCCUACCUGUCUCUGAGAACGUGCAUUGGGCUGUGGACCGCCAUUCUCUGCCUGAUUCUCGUGGCGACGGAUGCCAGUGCGUUGGUUUGUUACAUCACCCGCUUUACUGAGGAAGCCUUUGCCUCCCUUAUAUGCAUCAUAUUUAUCUACGAGGCCCUGGAGAAGUUGUAUCAUCUCGGUGAGACGUACCCCAUCAACAUGAACAAUCGCCUGGAGCAGCUGACACACUACUCUUGCAUUUGUUUGGAACCACAAGAUCCCAGCAAUAAAACAGUGGCGUACUGGAGUAAACAUAAUAUCACAGCGACAGAGAUUCCAUGGGGAAAUUUGACUCUGUCUGAGUGUAUCCAAUUUCAAGGAACAUUUUCUGGAACAGCCUGUGGUCACCAUGGUCCUUAUGUUCCUGAUGUCUUGUUCUGGUCAAUAAUACUGUUCUUUUCCACCUGCACCUUAUCACACUUCCUGAAACAAUUUAAGACCAGCCACUAUUUCCCUACCAAGGUAAGUCAUUUUGUUUUUUACAGCUUGAUUUUGAUUCGAGGUGAACCAAUGGUUUUAAUUGGCUACGGUCUGGGAAUCCCCUCGCCAAAGCUCCAGGUCCCCAGUGUUUUCAAGCCGACACGAGAUGACCGUGGCUGGCUGAUUAAUCCUUUGGGUCCCAAUCCGUGGUGGACAAUUUUGGCUGCUUUUAUACCAGCUUUGCUUUGUACCAUACUAGUCUUCAUGGAUCAGCAGAUUACUGCAGUGAUUAUCAAUAGAAAGGAACAUAAAUUGAAGAAAGGAAGUGGUUACCAUUUGGAUUUGUUUAUAAUGUGCAUCAUGCUUGGGAUCUGUUCCAUCAUGGGCCUGCCCUGGUUUGUUGCGGCCACUGUGCUCUCGAUAUCCCACGUCAACAGUCUGAAGUUGGAAUCGGAAUGCUCGGCACCUGGCGAACAGCCAAAGUUCUUGGGUAUCCGUGAGCAACGGGUAACUGGCCUCAUGAUCUUCAUCCUCAUGGGGUCGUCGGUCUUCAUGACCUCCGUUUUACAGUUUAUACCAAUGCCGGUUUUGUAUGGAGUAUUCCUUUACAUGGGGGCGUCAAGUCUGAGAGGAAUUCAGCUCUUUGAUCGGUUGAAGCUAUUCGGGAUGCCGGCAAAGCACCAACCUGACUUUAUCUAUCUUCGGCACGUGCCCCUAAGGAAAGUCCAUCUCUUUACCAUCAUCCAGGCAUCUUGUCUGAUCAUCCUCUGGGUAAUAAAAGCUUCUCGGGCAGCCAUAGUAUUCCCUAUGAUGGUACUGGCGUUGGUGUUCAUCCGAAAGCUGUUGGACUUCAUCUUCACCAAACGAGAGCUGAGCUGGCUGGACGAUUUGAUGCCUGAGAGUAAGAAGAAAAAGUUAGAAGAUGAGGAGAAAGAAGAAGAACAAAUUAUGCUAACAUUAGCAGAGGAAGGAACAAUUCAGUUACCAUUGGAAGGAACCUACAGGAAUGAUCCUUCUGAUAUUAACAUAUCUGAUGAAAUGGCCAAAACAUCUGUCUGGAAAGCACUCCCCAUGAAUACGGAAAACGCAAAAAAUAAGAACACAUUCUUUCCAUCAAAAAGCUCUCCUGCUUGCAAUGAAUGGAAAAUGGACAAGAAAGCUUACUCAGGGAAGGAUAUUGACAGGGAAACAUGUCUUUAAUCGAUUUUGCAUUCAUUUCAUGUUUACCUGCUCUUUGAAAAUCGGUGCCACCUUUAAUUAGUCCCUUCCAUUCAAUUCCAAAUCUACUAGUCUUGUAACGUAACAGUUUGUUAUUGAGACAAGCGUGUGAUGGUGUGUGUUGGUUACACUGUUUUAUCCAACAAAGCAUUGGUUACACUGUUUUAUCUAACAAAGCAUCAAAGAUUUUAACUAUAAAAGUAUUAGUAUUUACCAUGUGCAGUUAAUAUAUACAAAGACUGCCAUAUGUUGUAACGUAGUAGUCUGAUAUCACAUUUAGAAUUUGUAUCUGUAAUUUGAAAGUCAAUGUUUGUGAUUUGGCAUUUUAAAGAUAAACGUAUCUGCUCUAUGACACAUUGCUUUCUAUUGGUUUACAAGUUUAUAUUUUGGUCUUAAUAUUUAAAAGUAAUGAGUCUGUGAUUUAGGUAUUGUCCCAUUCAAAACCUACCAUCUUUCUAUAUGCUUUUCAUAUUCUGUAAGAUUGUAUUAUGCAAUAUUCCAAAGCUUUAUCCAGAAAAUAUACAACAUAGAUAUAGGUUUUCACAGAACUAUAGUAGUUAUAUAAAAUUAAUAUAUUUUCUAGUUUUAAUCCAUCCCUAAAUCCAUUCUGGAUUGAUGUUUAAAGUCACAACACAGGUACACUACAUCUAGAUGGAACAAUAAUCAUGUGAUUUAAUCUGUUCUAUAGAACUGUUUGAGUGUGGAACUGUUUAGAAUUUACUGGCCAAGAAAUUAUUUUUACUUUUUCUUUCUGCGCAUUAUAACAGUGUGUUCUGCUAAUAUUGAUUGUGGAAGUGCCCUUGGAUCCUCUUUGCUAGCUCGUCUUUUGAAAAAUUCCCUGGUGCAAUGGCAUAGUGGGGGAAGGGGGGAGAGAGGGGGG